AUGUCUCCUGAACUUCGUCGCAUCUCCUCUUCUGUGUCCACUUGCUCUGAUCUCUCGGAUAUUUCGGACACGGCCUCGUUGUCAUCUUCCACUUCGUCUCUGUCCACAGUAGCACGCCGCACACAACGCCGCGUCAGAGCCAUCACGCUGCAACCAGGAACUUCCUUUCACGACGCCUUUUUCGGUCAAGAUGAAUCUGCACGAACCAACUUUGAUCAAGCGACAGCAUGCGCUGAAAUCUGCACUCGAGAAAACUCACGUCGAGGACAACAAGAAACUUCCACCAGAUCUCUGGGGAGCACUACUAGUAUCCGUAGUAGCAGGAGCAGCAGAAGUAUCAAGGCAGGAAGACCCGCCCUUCCUCGAUUUGGAGCUUUCUAA